AGAGUCCCGCGGGCGGCGCGGAAGCGGCGGCGGCGCGGCCGGGGCAGCCAUGUCGCCAUUGUCUGCGGCGCGGGCGGCCCUGCGGGUCUACGCGGCAGGCGCCGCGGUGAUCCUGGCGCAGCUGCUGCGGCGCUGCCGCGGGGGCUUCCUGGAGCCAGUUUUCCCCCCACAACCUGACCGUGUUGCUAUAGUGACGGGAGGGACAGAUGGCAUCGGCUAUUCUACGGCGAAGCAUCUGGCAAGACUUGGCAUGCAAGUUAUCAUAGCUGGAAAUAAUGACAGCAAAGCCAAACAAGUUGUAAGCAAAAUAAAAGAAGAAACGUUGAACGACAAAGUGGAAUUUUUAUACUGUGACUUGGCUUCCAUGACGUCCAUCCGGCAGUUUGUGCAGAAGUUCAAGAUGAAGAAGAUUCCUCUCCAUGUCCUGAUCAACAAUGCUGGGGUGAUGAUGGUCCCUCAGAGGAAAACCAGAGAUGGAUUCGAAGAACAUUUCGGCCUGAACUACCUGGGGCACUUCCUGCUGACCAACCUUCUCCUGGAUACGCUGAGAGAGUCUGGGUCCCUUGGCCACUGUGCGAGGGUGAUCACCGUCUCCUCUGCCACCCAUUACGUCGCUGAGCUGAACAUGGACGACCUUCAGAGCAGUGCCUGCUACUCACCCCACACAGCCUACGCCCAGAGCAAACUGGCCCUUGUCCUGUUCACCUACCACCUCCAGGGGCUGCUGACGGCUGAGGGAAGCCACGUGACCGCCAAUGUGGUGGACCCCGGGGUGGUCAACACGGACCUCUACCGGCAUGUGUUCUGGGGCACCCGUCUGGUGAAGAAGCUUCUCGGCUGGUUGCUUUUCAAGACCCCCAAUGAAGGAGCGUGGACUUCCAUCUACGCAGCGGUCACCCCAGAGCUGGAAGGAGUUGGUGGCCGUUACCUAUACAAUGAGAAAGAGACAAAGUCCCUCCAUGUCACCUACAACCAGAAACUGCAGCAGCAGCUGUGGUCUAAGAGUUGUGAGAUGACUGGGGUCCUUGAUGUGACCCUGUGAUAUCCUGUCUCAGGAUAGCUGCUGCCCCAAGAAACACAUUGCACCUGCCAAUAGCUUGUGGGUCUGUGAAGACUGUGGUGUUUGAGUUUCUCACACCCACCUGCCCACAGGGCUCUCUCCUCUAGUUUUGAGACAGCUGUCUCAACCUCUGCAGGACUUCAAGAAGCCAAAGAAACAUUUUGGAGGAUAAUCACCCCAGGUGGUCCUCAAGCCAUAAACUUUGUGAUUCCAAAGUGCCCAAUUGUCACAGGUGCCAUAAAUAAUUACAUUUUCCAACAUAAA